AAAGGUGAAGGUCGUUCACGGCGGCGACCUGUAAGAACGAAAUUAUCGUGUUAAUAACUAUUGGGAAACUGAAACGAAAAUAUGGCGGACCAAAAUGAUUGGAAAAGUGAAGCUUUUCGAAGAAAAGUAAUAACCCAGAUAGAAGAUGCUCUACGGAAUUCAAACACACAAAUGAACAAAUCAAGUGGGGAAAUGGAGAACCAUGUGUUCCAGAAAGCCAAGUCAAGGGAUGAAUAUCUUGCUUUAGUUGCCAGACUUAUUCUUCAUGUGAAAGACUACAACAGCCAAAGACGAGACAAGCAACUACCCCAGGGUAUUUUGGGAGGACCAAUGCAGCAACAACAGAUGGGCACGGCUCCUGGAAUGCAAGGACCAAUGGGGGCCAUUCAGGACCCUAUUAAUGCCCUACAGUCAAUGGCAAUGAGUGGACCUGGAAUGGGACAGCAACCCCAAGGUAUGAUGCAAGGGGGUCCCCAGAUGACAAACCUACAACAACAACAACGACAACAACAAAUGUUACAGCUACAGCAACAAAGACUUCAACAACAACAACAGCAGCAACAACAACAACAACAAAGGCCACAUUUACAAGUAAAUAGGCAGGAUGCUUUUAUCGUAACUUCAUCUCAAACAGUCGGUCAAAUGACCCAGCCCCAACAAGCACAAAAUCAGCAAGUCUCUCAAGCGAAUUAUGGCACAGGUGGGUUUGGUACAUUGGUUAGACCGUUUGGUAUAAGCCAGGCAAGUCCACAGAUGUCCACCAAUCAAAUGAACCAGGGAGCCAUACCCUCUCCCGCACAACAAAGUUCCCAACAGCAACAUCAGCAGGUUGGAUCUCCAAUGACAAUGAUGACAUCACCAGCACCUGCCAUAGUUCCGUCUCCACGUGGUGGCACAAUGUCAAUGGGUGCCCCAUCACCAAGCACAGCACUUAAUACACCAGGAAACCCUGGGUCAGUCGGCCCAGAACCGAGUCCUGCUAGUCAGGCCGCAGAGGAGCAGGCAUACCUGGAGAAGUUGAAAUCCCUAUAUAAAUACAUAGAGCCUCUGAGGAGAAUGAUCAAGAAAACAGAAGAUGGAAAGUCAGAAUCAUCCGACCAGAGGAAGAAUGACAUCAACAAACUGAAAAACCUUCAUGACAUUCUAACAAACCCAAGCAAAAGAGUUCCUAUGGCUACAUUAGCUAAGUGUGAAACAGUCUUGGAUAAAUUAAUGGGACCAAAAAUUAGUGGACAGUCCUCGUCGGCCCCGCCUCCACCCCAAGCUCCACAUGUACAUAUGUGUCAACCUCUGCUAGACUCAGUAGCUGCACAUAUCACAUCACCAUCUUUUAACCAUGUUCUACACAAAACCUUUGGACCAGCAAUGUCUGCCAUAUUUGGGAACCCAAUAAGACCGCCAAGUCCGCCACCGAAGAGACGGAAGGUUGAGGAGAAGAGUAAGUUACCGGAUAUUCUACAAGGCGAGAUUGCAAGGUUAGACCGACGGUUUAAAGUCAAGCUGGAUCCCAUACAACAUGCUGGUUCCAAAGACAUUCAUCUGGUCUGCAGGCUUGAUGAUGAGAACCUCCCUAUCGUACCACCUAUACUAGUCACUGUACCGUUUGAUUAUCCUGAAAAUAGUCCCGAAUGUUCUACCAGUAGAAAAGAUUACGAGUCAACACCAUUCCUUCGUGCCAUACAGAAGUCGAUGGUUACACAUCUUCUAGAUCUGCCGAGUAAAUUCACAUUUACAUCACUACUUGAUAUGUGGGAAAUGAGUGUGAGAAAGGCGUGUGCACCAACCUGAAACUAAAUAAAUUGUUUAUCUCCCUUUAUAACAUAGAUCUGGAAUAAAACAA